AUGGGUUUCCGGUUGCCUGGAAUUGUUCACGCCAAGAGAAGUCUCAUUCGAUCUCUAUCUAGUUCAAGCCGGACAGCUGAAUCAAAGACCUUGGAUAUCCCAAAAGGCUAUUUUGCAGUCUAUGUUGGAAAGAGCCAGAAGAAGCGGUUUGUGAUUCCAGUAUCAUAUUUGAAUGAAACUUUUUUUCUAGAUUUGCUGAGUCAAGCUGAAGAAGAAUUUGGAUAUGAUCAUCCCAUGGGUGGUAUCACAAUCCCCUGCAGUGAAGACACUUUCCUUCAUCUCACUUCCUGCUUAAGUGUGUGA